GGAGGAUUUGAGAACUCCGGGUUGAACAGCAAGCGCGGGCAUUUCCAGCAAUUGUCAUCUCAAACAUGCCGACAGCCUUAAUCGUGGGUGGCCACGGCAAAGUCGCCCAGCUCAUCACCAAGCAACUUGUCGCCACACAAGACCCGGCGCCAUACACCGUCCACAGCAUCAUCCGCAAUCCGGACCAGGUCGCCGAGAUCGAGAAGCUCGGUGCUUUUCCCACCGUCCAGGAUGUAGAAAAGGCCACCGUGCCUGAGCUCCUGACCACGCUGAGUCGUGUGAAGCCGCAGGUCAUCAUCUGGGCAGCUGGGGCGCCCUACGGCUCCACGCCCGACAAAAUCGACGCCAUCGACCACGAGGCGGCUGUCAAGAUCUUUGACGCUCUUGCAAUCGCCUCUGGCGCGGGAGAGUGCGGAAAACGGCUCAUCAGCAUCAGCGCACUGGACAUCAGGGACCGGGGAAACAAGCCCGUGCCAAGCUGGUACGACAAGGACGACGAGAGGCGGAGCGACGGGCUCUGGAAGGCAAUCGGCCCCUUCAUGGAAGCCAAAUACAAAGCAGACAGAGAGCUGCGGACAGGCAACGACAAGCGAGGUCUGGAGUAUACGAUGGUCAGGCCUGGUGGUCUGAGCAACGAUGCGGGAACCGGCCUUGUGAGCGCUGGCAAGGUGCACCUGGGUCAAAUGGUCACGAGAGAGGAUGUUGCGACGGUGGUGGUCUCUUGCACCAAUAUACCCGAGACGAUCGGGCUUGCAUUUGAUGUCGUCGGUGGGAACGAGCCCAUCAGUGAAGCCGUGAAAGAGGCAGGCCAUAGUCGAGCCGACACUUUCGAGGGGUACUACUAAUGAUUAUGUCGACAUGGACAUACGAGUUGAUAAAAAGCAUAAUUUGUUUUCAAGGAAUACUGCUGUAGUCUUGUAUCCGAGUGAUUUACUACUCUCCCAAC